AGUUGUGGCCUGGUGGAGCAGCAGGCAGGUCGGAGUUGGUGGACGCUCGCCCAUCGGGUUGUGCGCGCUGUCCUCGCUUCCUCUCAACACUUCGCUAUAGCCCGGCUCUCUCGCUCACUCUCCCACCCUCGCUAACUUCUCGUGAGCAGUGUAUAGGGUUCCGGUGGCCCAGCCCCUGAGGGCGCUCAUUGAACAAGUUUGACGGUAUUAUAUACAUUUUGGACCGACUAAAAUUAUUGGAAGGAAAUAAUUUAUAUGAUGGAGCCGCUCGACGUGUUAUGAUGAAUGGAUGCCACUGCGGGAACGAACAUCACCGCUGCCGCUGCUGACGUCCCUGGCUGGUGUCAGGCAGCUUGUCUGGCACACAGGGCCACCACCGUCAGGGCCCCAUUCGCUCUUCAUAACUGUCGCGCUUCUCUGUUGAGCAACAGCAGCAAACUCGUCGCUUCCUUGUCAGACCUGCUCUGACCUUCAACUCUGCAACUCUCUCUGCACUAGAGGACAUUAAAACACUUGCAUGGUCUUCAGUUCCGCUGAAACCCAUGAACAGAGACAUCUUGGUAACUUACGGCUGGGAUACUGGUUUGCGACGUUAGCGCUCUGGGAAUAACGCUGAAGAAAGUUGGUAUUCAAGGGGCAAGUUAAACAAGACUCGCUUCGAUAGGGGAAAGAGAUAGGUAUCUGUAAGCAGCUGCUUUGAGUGCUGAUUCUACACAAGUCCGUUUGUGUUUUGGUGUUGUGGAUCUUUGUCCGCUCAACUUGCAACAUUUAUGAACGUUUCUGAAGCGCUUGAGGUUGGCUUUCGAGCGGUAACUUGUGGCUGCCACGUGGCCCGAGCCUGUACCAGCGUGCGCGCGCGCGUUGCGACUCUCGCAGGAGAGGAUCGAAGUCUGUUGGCCUAGAUAUCUUGGGUACGUGUGAAGCUGACGGAACACGUACAUUAUCGCCCCAGAAGGCCAAUUAUUUUGUCGCGGCAGUAACUUUUCUCGCUCUAGGUCUGGAGAACUGUGGAAAAUAUUAAUUUGUAAAUUGAAGUUUAUUACAUUGAAUCUGAAAAAAUAUUUUACUGGAGUCUAAUUUGAAAGAAGUUUUGUGAUAUCUUUGUUUUAACUAAUAAUGAUUCUCCAUUAUAAGUGUGUGUGUAAAGGUAGUGACAGACUUCCCCUUUUCCUUCAAGACCGAAGUUGGUGAUGAAGUAUGUUGUCAUGCUGAAGGAAGUAGGAAGCUGGAAAUUCAUGCUAGAGGAUCACCAAUUCUUGGAUUAUAACGUGGCCAGGCAUCCAGUCUUCCCAGUGGACCAUAGUCCGUCCCAGUAGUGUUGAUAGUUCCCGACCACCCGCCAUAGUGUUCGUGUGUGUGUCUACCUUGCUCCCCCUCCACCGUUACGUACCUGUGUGUGUGUGUUGUGGUGUGAUGCCACGCUGUGAUUGGUGGCCAUGCUGUGUGUAUACUUCCAGUUGUAACUCUGCGACAUCCGUCCCGUACCGUCCCUCUCCACCCCACCACCCAAAGUUAUUCACCAGCCUUGAUUCUGUUCAGAUGUAAGUGACGAUUGUAUAGAUGUUUAAAGUGUAGAAAUGCAUUAAUAACUGUAUAGAGGUGAGGGGGAAGAACAGUUUGAUACUUUGAGCAGCAAGACCUUGGUACCAUCGUGACACCUGCACUCUGGAACUACCGUUGUGGAAGACUUGUCCCAAGAUGUCUUCGGAGAGCGCCCUGGCCGUGACGCUAGAGCGACUGGCCCAAGGGGCGGCCAGGCCAGCAGAGGAGGUGGAGGUGCUGAGGACGGCGGUGGCCAGGCUACACUCCAGGCUCAAGGUGCAAGAUGUGGAUGUCCGCCUGGAGACUCUGGAGAGACUGGCCGCCCCAGACCACCAGAUCUUGCAGCAACUAAUCUACAUCAUAGAGCACUGUGAGGAUCCUGCGCUGAUGGGAGCGGUGUGCGCCUUGUUACAUGACGUCCUCUCUCCUAGUUAUAAAGGAGAUGUUCGCCAUAAUAUACUUCAGACAUGUCUGUCACUAAAUACAGCUGAAGUAAUUCUACGUGCACUUAAAGCUCUAUCUGCUGAGGGAUUGUCUGCCAUUGAACCUUGCACCCAUUCAGCAUAUCAGGUCCUUGCAAAGCUGGCAUCUAAAGACCCCAAGAUGGCAGUCAGAGCCAGACUUGUUGGAGGUGUGAAAUUGACACACCAGCUCCUUCAGGCCCACAUGAAAAGCAGCGUUCCUCUUCUUCCUUUGCUGAUGGUCACUAAAUACUUGGCUAAAAAUUCCACUAACCAGGUGAUGCUGGGCAAAGACGGAUGUGUGGCCACGAUGGCAUCACUCCUCUGUUCGGUCCCCAAGACCCACUGUGCCAAGAUUAAGUUCAUCAUAGAGAUCCUAGCUCUUCUCACAAAAGCCAAAAGCAAUGUUAUCCGCCUCCUUCGAGAGUCUGGGCUUCAGCGGGUGUUAGCUAUUCUAGAUGCCUGGGAAAAGAUAGAACGUCGGCAUCAGGUGAAGGUUAUCAAGGCAAUCUUAGGAACGCUGUCUCAUGUGUGUGACUCAAAGCACGGGCGCAAGGCCAUAGUAUCGCUGAAUGGUGUAGAAAUUGCACAGCGCUUUAUACAAACAUGUCCUGCUGACAAGAAAUUUGAUAACAACCUUGCAAGUGCCACAAAUGUUUUCCUCAAGUGUGUUAGUAAGGGAGAGUUACCCGUGUCUUCCAUAUGUGGAGCAUUUACCUUCCAGGUGCCAAAAAAAGCUGAUUCAGAACCAAGCUCAGAUGUAUCUCAUGGAGGAACCUCAGGAUUGGAUGGUGAUUCAUCAGAUGAUGAAGCAGAUGAUGAGGUGGAGGAAGAUGAAGAAGAUUUUGAGCUGUCCAAAGAUUUUAAAGCAAUUGACUUAAUCUCAGAGUAUUUUCCUCAAAGAACUAGAAUGGAAGAAUUGGUGAAAUUAGCACCUCUUUUUCCUGAGCUAAAUAAUUUUCGUGUUCCUGGUGUAACAAGACUUACAGAUGUGGUAAUGGAUAGAAGAGAAAGUGUUGGAGAACCAGCCUGUGAAGCAAAUGCUGAACAUUAUCUUCGAGCGUCUGACUCCACCAAGAGUCUCAUAAACUUUGUUAAAGUUACUUAUCCAGACAUGGUGGGUGCCCUUGGCCCUGUUUAUCUUGAAGAGUUGUAUGAAAAGGACCGUAAAGUUUGCAGGAGCAAAGCCAUCGCAACUGUUGAGCGCGUGCUUCACCCAGAAAUCUAUACGGAACGUGUUGUUUAUGACUUAGACUACCUGCUGGAAACAGAACAGUCAGCACAGCUGAUCACUCCCAUCAAUAGUCAUUCCAGACCCUUGAGCAACUGGGAUGAAAAACGUGUUGGUAAAAAAGAUGUAGCCGUCAGCCACCUUAACUUUGAGUCUAGAUUUGAAAGUGGCAAUCUGCGAAGGGUGAUUCAGAUUUCUAACUCUGAGUAUGACUUGAUACUGAAUGCUGAUGUCAAUUCAUCUCAUCAUCAUCAGUGGUUUUAUUUUGAAGUGAGCAACAUGGAGCAAAAUAUACCAUACAUCUUCAAUAUCGUUAAUAAUGAAAAACCAAACAGUGAAUUUAAUUUUGGAAUGAAGCCAGUAAUGUUUAGUGUACAAGAAGCUAUGCAGGGACAAGCUGCCUGGGUUCGUGCAGGUUAUGACAUUUGCUACCAUAAGAAUCACUACUCACGUGUACCAAAGAGCCAUGAUAACAUCCGCUUUAAGAAGUCUGCCAACAAGUGCUAUUAUACAGCAACAUUUACAGUAACAUUCCCUCAUGCAUAUGAUGUAUGCUAUAUAGCUUACCAUUAUCCGUAUACUUACACGUGUCUACAGGCUUACCUCAGCAGACAAGAAUCAUGUGUGCUCCCAAGUAAAGUUUUCUACAGUAAUCAAGUUCUGUGUUACACACUCAAUGGCAAUGCAGUACCUCUUCUCACCAUCACUACCAAGGAUACUAUAAAGGACAAAGAGAUUAUCUUCCUUACAGCCAGAGUACAUCCUGGAGAAAGUAACUCCUCCUGGGUGAUGGAGGGAGUGCUAAAUUUUCUCUUAGGAAAUUCACCUGAGGCACAUUUGUUGCUUGAGAAAUUCAUCUUCAAGAUUAUUCCAAUGUUAAAUCCUGAAGGAGUCAUUCAUGGAAAUCAACGUUGUGGCCUGACAGAUGAAGAUUUAAAUCGUAGAUGGAGAGCACCUGAUCCUAUCUUACAUCCUACCAUCUACCAUGCCAAGGCUCUUCUAGAAUACCAAACAACAAUAGCAAAGCUUAAAGUCCGUGUAUUUUGUGACUUUCAUGGUCAUUCACGUCAAAAGAAUGUGUUUAUGUACGGAUGUUCUCGUAUGCAGUCAUGGUGGGCAGGGGACAGGGAUCUACCUGAUAGUCCUGAUUUUAUGCUUCUGCCACAACUUGCUGAAAAGUGCAUGAAAACAUUUUCGCUGCGUGAUUGCCACUUCUUAAUAGAGCGAGCAAGGGAAUCCACGGCUCGUGUGGCGGUCUGGAGACAGUUUGGCAUUCCAAUGUCUUAUACAAUGGAGGCAUCUACGUGUGGGUGUGAUCAAGGGCUAUACAAAAAUAAUCACUUGAGCACCAAACAACUAAUAGAAUCUGGCAAAGGAUUCUGUCUUGCUCUCUCAUACCUCAUUUCUGCACCGGAGGCAAUUAAUUCACAGCUGAAAUUGGACUUGAAUAGGAUUGACACUCAUCUCGGGAUGACAUCAGAAAGAAGCCUUGGAGAUUUUUCUACUGAAGUUGUCUUCUGGAGUGAAGAUUUAGAUGAUGACCUCGACUCAGAUGAUGACCUAGACCUAGAUCUUUAUGGCCCUAUGUAGAUUUUCUCUAUAAUUUCCUAAAUUAUUUGGGCAAGGUUAAACUCGAGCCUUUAAGUUAUUUGGUGAUUCAUAUGAAAUUAUAAUUUUUAACACAAAAAAAAAACAGGAUUGAAUGUAAUGAAACGUCAUUUUCUGGGCGAGUCCCAGAACUAUCCAGGCUGAUACGGGAUUAUUAGCUUUCGGGCAUUGGUCAAAGUGUUCUUGCCAACCUGGCCCACUCAGAGAGGCAUGAGGAGUCUAUAGAAACCCCCAUGUGGUUGGGAGCAUUCUGUGUCUGCCAUUGACUGGGUCUGGCACCCAGAAAGGUAGGUGCCCCAAAACAAACCCCUAUUCUGGUGAAAAUAUUGCUAACGAUAGCCGAACGAGAAGUGUACAGAGCUUCCCAAACGAAAAUUAGCAAACGAGCAUGACAUCACAUUGCCACAUUGCUGUCUGUGCAACCCCCCCCCCUUUUCCUUCCCGGGAGGGGGAAGGGGGAGCCCCAGACCCUCUUACUGGCGAUCCAACUGUCAGUUCUUAGGCUGGAAUGUCAAAAACAUGCGAAAAACACCACCGACCGGGGGGAGGUAGGGAUGCCGGAGAGCCUCAGGGACUCGCCCAGAAAAAUGGCAUUUGAUUACAUUCAACGCUGGUUUUCUGGGUGGAUCCCCAUCAACUCUCCAGAGCUAACUACCCAAAGACAAGGAAAAACAGGGACUUAACCGGAAGGCGGUCAGUCCUCACUCCUCAAUGCAAAGUCGAAACAGCUGACCCAAUGCAAUACAGCCCCUACCAGGUCCAGGGACAUUGACAAGGUAGCGAGCGGCCAGGACCCUGUUCAACCUCCAAAAACCCAGUGCCCAAAUGUCAACCUAAGACAUGUUGCCAUAGCAGCAAAUUUACGAACGUCGUGGGCAUGAGAAUAUACUGCAGGCUGGCUAGACUUAAUAACCCUGCAGAUAACCCAAGAGACCCGAGCCCGGAAAGAGGGAAUCCGAGUCAACCCAAAGCGCAUCCCUGGCCACCGAAGCCAUGGUGCACAAAUAAUGGCAGAGAGCCACAACCGGAUACAACACAUGAUGCACCUCCGGCCUGAACAACCUAGCAUCAACAACCCAAGAACCCCAAUGGAAAGCAGCAGUCUCAUUCUUCGCCAGAAAAGGAGGAAACAGCUGCAACUGAACAAACCCUACCACCAGGACCAAAAGAACAGAAACCCCUGCGCCGGAGAACAUGAAGCUUCCCAACACAAUCCCCAGAGGCCAAUGCCAACAGGAAAAAGACCCUUAGAAAAACAGUCCUGAACCGAAGGGGCCACAACAAACCGAGGAGAAGAGAGUAAAGAAAGCACCCGGUCCAAAGACGAGGACGUCUCGGGCGGCACAUGAGCAGGCCGGAGGUGAAACAACGCACAGAAACUGAAACCAAAGCAGGAGCCAGAAGCACAUGAUCUGCCAGUAUCACAUCAGCCUAGAACUGACGGUUGGAUCGCUAGGACGAGGGUCUGGGGCUCCCCCUUCCCGGGGAGGGGGGUGGGGGGUUGUGCAGAUAGCUACACAACAAUGCGAUGACAUCAUGCUCGUUUGCUAAUUUUCGUUUGGGGAGUUCUGUACACUCGUUCGGCUUUUGGUAGCAAUAUUUACACCAGAAUAGGGGUUUGUUUUGGGGCACCUACCUUUCUGGGUUCCAGACCCAGUCAAUGGCAAACAUAGAAUGCUCCCAACCACACGAGAGUUUCUAUAGGCCAUUGCUCCUCGUGCCUCUCUGAGGGGGCCAGGUUCUGGGGUUCUGACUCAUGGUCCUUGGUAGGCAGGAACUCCAUACACUUUGAUGCCAGAAAGCUACUAAUGCCAUAUCAGCCUGGAUAGCUUCGGGGAGCCGACAGGGCUACCCUCCCAGAAAAUUCCUUGAAAUUAAAUAGUAACAAAUAAUUACCGACUCGAGGGGGUAUUUUAUCAAGCCAUAUUUUUAAAUUGUUAAAAUUUUGAUAGUUUAUGCUUGGAUAUAAAUUUUCUCCAGAAAAAGUGAAACAAAAUAUUACCAUCAGUUCAAUAAUAAACUAUACAAAAUGACAUGUUUUCCUACAAUGUAUGGCAAUUGCUCAUAGAGGUUUUCCCAAAUUUUUUCUUUUGGAAAAACUCGACUAAAGGGAUAGUUGGAACUAAAAUGUGUUAUUAAAUAGGCAUAUCUGUCCUUUGAUGACUUGUCCCUCUAGAAAGUCUCCUUCUGUAUAGUUGUCAGUAAGUGCAAACAAUUUUUUAUUUCCAGAUUGUGUUAGUUUUUCAUGCUUGGAGAGAAAAUUAAUAAAAUCUUACUGGAUUUAUUUACACAGAGCUCACAAGUUUGUGUAUUCCUGUUUACCUACUUUCAGCAUUUUAUUCUUGGGGCAGAAUUUUCUCUUAAUUUGUUAUUAGUGUUGAUAAUGUGAACAUUAAAGUUGUACAGUCAACCUUUAUAUAAUGUGCAUUUAUGCAGCAAUUUGUUGCCAUAAUGUAAUUUUCCUUUAGUGACCAAUAAUUUUAACUGCUCACAUAAUUAUAUAAUAUGCACUCAUGGCAUGCUUACCAGUACACUCCAGCAAAAUGUCUACUUCCUCAUACCCACCUACUCUCGCCCACACACAAUUCAAUGCAAACAUAUGACAUCUAAUGAAAUGUGGAAUAGGCAAACACAGGCCACAUACAAUAUUUGAAAAUAUAUGAAUAAACUGUUGACAAGCGAUAUAGAGGUGGUUUUUAAGAUAGUAAACUACCACACGAGACAUUGUGUGAGGCUCUUAUGCUUUCCAACUUCAAAUUACCGUGAAAUAUUAAACAAAUUUUUCACAACUUAUGGGAGUCAAAAAUUGGAAUGCAAUGGUUGUAUGGUGCCCAUAUUGCAAGAAGCACAUCAAUAAGCUUGAAAUGGUCCGGACGUGCUAAUAAAUCGCUUCAGUUACUUAAGAGGAAUCCUAGGUGGUGUUAAAUAUGCCAAAGUUAGAAGAAGAAAAAAAUAGAUAUGAUUCUUAUGUACACAAUAACAGGAAUUAACAAAAUUAUAAAAAAUAAAAAUUCUUGAAACCUGCAACUUCAAGAACAAGAUGUCAUAAUUCCAAGCUUAGGGGAAAAAAAUAAUUAAAAAGCUCUUUUUUUUGCAGAGUAGUAGAUGGCUGUAACAAGUUAGGUGAAAAGGCAGAGGAGACCUAAACCAUAAACCAUUAUCAGUUACAAAGCAUCAUAUGACAGAGUACUGGGAAGACAUGACACCUUGAGUGUAGCUCUCAGCCUGCAAUUACAGUAUACUUUAGUAAUUACAUACACCCCUCCCUGUUACUUGCAAAAAUUGUUGCAGAAGCCCUAUAUAUUUUCUUCGUACAUGAUCAAAUAUUUGUUCCUCCCUGGGUAUGGACCAACGUAAGUCACCAACCCACUACCACCAACCCUCCCCCCUCUUCACAGCAUUCUACCACUACUCACACAUCUUAACACAUUUCAAUCCUAGUAAUUAUAUAAAUGUAAUGUACAACUUUGCCAUGACUUUGAAUGCGCUCCAAUUUUUUUUAAUAUUUAGUUUAUGUAGCAUGUUUUUAGAUAAAAAAAAAAUUCAGUCUUGUAACUGCUGUGCUAUAUAUAAGGGUUGCCUGUAUUGUUCACCAUCUUAGGACACUUGCUAAAGAUUUUGAGUAGCAAAAUUAAGAGGGGUUUGUUCUUUUUGUAUUGUAACUACACUCCUCAAGACUAUUCAAACUAAUUUAAUAAUUUGGCUCAAAAGUUUACAAGCUUCAUUAAAGAGGCAGGUCUUUAAAAUAUCACAUUACAAAUUAUAAAGCAUGUUGUGGUCAUUAAUGCCAAUAUUAAACAUUCCAUGGAAGUAUUAGAGAUAAAAAAUACUUUAAGCUAAGAUAAAAGUUUACUUUUUUAUUUCUUGUUCAGAACUUGGUUGUACUGUACUGUUAUUACCACUGAAAGAAAAUGUACAUGCAAGUUGCUUCUCUGCUACAAGGUAAUUAAUUAUAGAUGCCAAUAACUAAAGUAGAUGAACUUCCUAACCCUUUAACUUUAGGGACAGAUUUGACAAGAAAUUGUAAUUUUGGGAGGUAAUUUGUAAAAGUUAGUUUCUUUGUAUUACAGUAAAAUAAUUUUGUACAGUACAUGAUUUUUGUUUAAUUUACAUUAAAAUAUGUACAAUUAUUAUUUAUGAUGUGUAUAGUGAAUGUGCAUGCAUUCAUGUUUGUGGGUUUCUCAAUUACAUUAAAACAUGAUAUUACAUUAAA